UUCAGUAACGUCGCGACCAUGGCUACGGACGGACGCACGAAGCGCUCACAAUCCAUCUGCGCGCCAGCUUCCGCGAGUAUGGAAGCACUGGCUGCGCCUAUAGAAACCACACCAGCUCCUCGAAGACGACCAGCCGCACGAUCACAAUCGGCCAGGAUAACUGGUGGACGCUCUGUAAGACAAAGACGGCAACAGCAACAGCAGCAACAGUUAGAUAAAGAGACCAGGGCAAGGUAUAGCUCCGAACCGCGUUUAGCCGAAGCAGAAACUCCGCCACAAGUGCGGAGGCAGGCGUCCGCGAGGCGCAGACCGCCAGCUGGUCAGCACAGCCAACCAAGGCGGUCCAACGCUUUCCUAGAUGUCCCCAAACCACACCAGCCAUCUGCGGAGGAGGAACCAGACGAAGACUCGUACAGACUACGAUCAUUCAACGUCACGCAAAAAGGAGGAAUCGUGAAUCGAGGUGACUCCUUCCGGCGCCGUCGUUCAAGAUCCGGAAGUCUCGCGCCAGCAUCUCCCGCCCAAUCUGCUCCUGAGUCCCAAGAACGGAGGCCGGUCGCAUUGCACCGAGUGGCCAUGGUGGGCGCUCAGGGAGUCGGAAAAACCGCCUUAAUCAGCCAGUUCCAGACUAGUGAAUGUAUCAAUGCGUAUGACAGACAAAGAGAUGCGGACGGCACGGAGCAGAAAGUAUCAAUUCUACUAAAUGGCGAGGAAUCGGAGCUUUAUUUCGUAAACUGCACAAGUGCAAGGGAAGAGAUAGACCGCUGCGAGCCUCCAGAUGCGUUCGUCGUAAUAUACUCUGUAGUAGACAAGGCAUCCUUCCAGAAGGCUGAGCAGGAAUUGGCCAGGUUACUGGACUCCGACAUGUUGAGAUGCAGGCCGGCUGUGCUGGUUGCGAAUAAAAUAGAUUUAGCGAGAAGCAGAGCUGUUUCGACACAAGAUGGCAAAUGCCUCGCGUGCACAUACAAAGCGAAAUUCAUAGAAGUGUCAGUUGGCAUCAACCACAACGUUGACGAACUCCUUGUCGGCAUCCUCAACCAGAUCAGGCUAAAGCAGCAGCAGUUCACCUCCGAUGGAGGCAGAGAGUCAUCACCAGCGCACUGGUAUAAAUCCCGAGGUGUUGUACGCGCAAGUAUGAAAGCCCGGCAGAUGCUCACAUGGAUCUUCGGGAAGGAGGAUUCGAAAUUCAAAAAUUGUGAGAACUUACAUGUUCUGUGAGUAGAAUCGGAUGGCCCCGUUUUUGUAUAGACAGUAAAACGUGGCUGUGAAGUGAAUAAACAUUUAAGUGUCCAGUGUGUGGUAAUUUAAAUUUUAUUAGAACGCCCAUUCGAUGUAAUCCGAAAGCGAAAUCGAUUAUCUGAUGAUUAUUUUAAAUAUCGAACUUGAGUGUUAUUCGAGCGCAAACGACAGUUGUUUUUUCAUAUUCAAUUAUUAUUUCUUAAACUUAAUACAAAUUAUAUUUUGAUUUUUUUAAGACAUGUUACUUGUCAAAAUUUAUUGACGAUGUUAAUUAAUAUAAUAUGUUUAUCUAUGGCUAAUGCUGGACACAUUUAACAGAUAAAGGGCCAAAGUCAAAAUUCUGACAUAUGUCAGACGAUAAGUGCCAAUGCUUGAGAGAAUUUAUUAAGCUUAAAUAAAUCAGUAUUUUGUCCUUUAUAUAAUAAAACUUGUAUUGUGAGCAAUAUAACCUAGUUAGAAAAUAUACUCAAGAGUUUAAAUUUUAUAUAAAUCGCUAGUAAUAAUUCUUUGUAAAUAGUUCAUUAAACCCGGGUCCACUGCAAAAUUUCCUUCCAUCCUAGGCCUCUUCUUUCGUAGAAGACCUACAUAUUUUCUUAUGUACCUUUUAAGUACCGAUGUCCUAACAUAGUAUCAACAGUUUAAGUCGUAGACCAUAGAUAAUAAAUCAGUCUUUAAAACUUUAAUCUAUAUAAACGUAAAUUUAUAUUACGACGUUUCAAGUGCUAUCA